AUGAUGAGCACAUCGGAAGAUUACUGGUACGAAGAGGAAUCGCAGGAAAUCUGUGGCAUUAAAGUUCCCUCGAUACUGAACGAUUUCAUAGCGAAUCAACCACCGCUUGUAGAUCGCUUCUACACGAAGCUGUAUUAUGUACCGCCCAACAAGCCCGACGAGCCUCAGCAGAUAUUAUUCCACUCCAAUCGAAUAUGUUUAGUGGGGCUUGCCAAAAAACAUGUAGCAUUUACGAAGGGCAUCCGGAGCGUAAGUUUCGAGGUAGGCAAAUUUGACCGUAGUGAGAAUAAGGUGUCGGGUCGUAAGAAGAGCGGAGGGAUGAUUCUGCAGGCCGAUUCUACGCUGGCAUUGGUGACGUGCGUCGACGACAGUGUGUACAAGGUAAGAUCUUGCGUGCAGGGUAAACUGGUGGAAGUUAAUGAUCGUGUUGUGGAGGAUCCGGUUCUGAUGCGCAUUAGUGGUGAAGGGUUUGUGGCAAUAGUAAUGCCCAAGAUAGAGCAUUGUGAUGCGCUGAAGGAGAGAUUGUUGGGGGAAGAAGCGUACCAUGAGCUGAGGGAAGUUGAAUAAAUGUCG